GAAACUUGAACCCCCAAAUGAUAGUUAUACUAUGAACAAACCAUCCAUUCAAGUAUCCACAUGUUUUAUUUGUUAAAAGUGAAGGUGAAAUCUCAACACAUAACAUGACUAUGAAUGAGUAUUAUAUUGGCUUGAGGCGGUAAAGGAUUUGCAGGAGCUGCCACAGGUGUAUGGAGGAGACGGGCGUGUGCUGGCAGGAUUUGACGCUCUUCUCAAACCCGACGACUGGAUUUCCUCAAAUGCUCUCCUGUAGCGUCACUGCAGCUAUGCUUGGAGCAUAUUCCUGACUUUGAGAAGUUUUUGUGGUCCUGUUCAGGAUGUCCUUAACAUCGAGUAAGAGAGAUGGACGUGUAAAAGACAAGAAGUGCGCGAAAAGAGCCCAAGAGAAGCAGGCAGUCCAACAGAGAACCUUCACCAAGUGGAUAAACAUGCAUUUGAAGAGAUGUGACCCACCUUUACAGGUCAAUAACUUAUUCACUGAUGUUCAAGAUGGAAAGGUUCUCAUGGCCCUUCUAGAGGAACUGUCAGGCUGUAAUAUGCUUGAUCGAUUCAGGCCAUUCCAGCAUCACAUCUUCAGACUGAACAAUAUUGUGAAGGUCUUGAAUUUCCUCGAGGACAGAAAUGUGAGUCUUAUAAAUAUUGACGCUAAUGAUAUUGCUGAUGGCAAUCCUUCAGUUGUUCUCAGGCUAAUCUGGAACAUCAUUGUAUACUAUCAGAUUAAACAGGUUACAGUACACCUAGAGAAAUCCCCUUCCACCUUCAGUCUGCUGUCAUUACCUUGUGGCAGUGAUUCUUCAGGCCGUAGUUCUCCAGCAUCACCUGGAGAUGACAUAUUCGGCACUCUACCCUCAAAAGGCAAAAGGUCUUUGCAAAAUCUCAAGUACCGCGGUACAGCCAUAAAGACUCUGCUUAGCUGGGUGCAAAACUGCACAGCAAAAUAUGGGGUAGAAAUUCAUGAUUUUGGUAACAGCUGGAGGAGCGGAAUGGCUUUUUUGGCACUGGUUAAAUUCUUCUGUCCUGAAUUUGUGGACAUGAGGAAAGCUUUGUCCUCUGAGCCCCGUCUAAACAUGGAGACAGCCUUCACAGCAGCAUAUAAGUGGCUGGGGAUUCCUCCACUGCUGGAUCCAGAUGAUAUUGCAGUGUAUUCACCAGAUGAGCAGUCCGUCAUCACCUAUGUUGCCCAGUUUCUUGAAUUUUGCCCAAGCAUUGGUGAGGACAGUGCGUCAACAGAUUCCUCUAGAGGCACGCCAAACUCCAUUGAAAGAUGGGACAGACCUUGGAUUGAUUCGGUUAGCUGUGUGUCACAAUCUAAUGUCUCCGCUGAAUCUUUGAGAUGCCUUCAUAACCCUUCAGAGACCUGCCAAGAAGGACAAGAUCAAGAGCUCGGCUCAGAGUCGCUUCCUAUGUGUCCUUCAGGCAACCCUGUGGGGUUAGAUGCUAUACCUCAACAUUUCCUCACCAUGAAGAGUUCCAGCUGGUCAACUGGGCAAUCCUCAGACUCCACUGGAGGGCAGUGUUGUGACUCCAUAGCAUGGAAAAAAGGCUUGAUGGUAAACCUGGAGGAUGAUGGGAACAGUUCUGAGGUUAUGCUGGACUCAGACGAGGAGGACGCAUAUAGCUACAUCUUAGAGCUGGACAAUAAAGGAGCUGGGAUAGGGUCAAAUGUCGACUUUGAAUUAAUUACAGAAAUGGAUGCUAAGGAAACAGAGUUUGAUAUAAAUGUUGGCAGUACACUUGAAUCUCAAGGAAGUGAAAGUCAUUUUUGUGAUGCACAGAGUAAAUUAAAACCCACGGAUGUACUGAUGUCAUGUGAUAGCAAAGGUACAGAUGAAAGCAAACUGAGACAGGUCAAGGACAUCAAUGUGUCCCAAAGGGACCGUGACUCUUUGUCGAUGAAUCAAACUGGUAUAGACAACACUGACAAGACUGCCAGAUCAUCUGCUGAUGAACGUUUGGACUUGGACUGUUCAUUCAAAAUGAAGGAGAGUAUUUACUUGGGCGGAUUUACUCUGACUUGCAGUGAUGGUGUUGAUCAUGUGCAAGAGGACAAUGAUCUUAAUAAGGAGAAAACUACAGAGGGCCUUUUCCUUUGCGAAUUAAACGAGAGUCUAUCAGAAAAUGACCAAUAUGAGCGAAACAGGUUUUUAGAUAAAAGAAUAACCGAAGAAACUGCAGUUGCACAUUUGAGGAACGGGGGUCGUGACCAAACUAGUUAUGAGUUGGAAGAGCUACAUGUGCUUCUGUUCCUCUGGGUGAUCGCCUACUGCUGCCUUAUAUAUCCUCACCUGGACUUCUUCUGUCGAUUAAGUAAAAACUAGCAAUGCUAAAGUAAUAUACAUAUAAGGAUUGUUGAACAAAGUGCAAUACUGUGCGUCCAAACUCAGACGCAAACUCAGUUCAUCUCCUUCUCACUGUUUGUAAGUCGAUAAGCGCUGAAACUUGUCCUCUAAAUAAAGUGGGUUUAGAUCGCAUACAGGAUUUACAGUUGAAGAGUUACAAACUAUGUGGAUUGUCAGUAUCGACGUAUCGGUAACGCUUUAGAUUACAGCCUGGAAACUAUUGCGUAAUUAAAGCGAUUUUACAGCGUAACCUUCGGUAAUUAUAGCGUACCUAUUGCGUACUUACAAUAUAAGUAUAAGGGACCAAUAUUUUAAGUUUGGGGAAUAAAGGAGUAACAAAAUAUAUUUAUAUUGUAAGUAUUAUUUUAAGUAUAGAACUAAGGGGUACUUAUUACAUUCUUACUUUUGGGAGCAAUUUAGCAAGAACAUACCUUUUUGAAAUAAUGGUGAACCAGUAUAUGUUUAGACAUUUUUUUUUUUUAAUUAAAGGGUACAUAUAUAUAUAUGCAUUUAGUAAAAAAAGUAAUCUUUUUAACAAAAGUGCACUGAAAACAAAAACUAUUGCAACUUUUGAUUAAAUAUUGGGGAAAGAUGCUUUUGUUUCAUGUAAUGGUGCUUGUUGUUACCCCAUUCUUGGUGUGACAUUGCGGGCUGUAAAUUAAAGUGGUGUUUGUUACCCUCUUGUACCAUGUAGUUACUGGGUAAGUACAAUAAAAAUAGUUACACACAAUCUUAGGACAACCACCACUUUCCCUGUAACCACACUAAACCAUAAAUAUUUCCCAGUAUAUUUAAAAAAAAAUUACAAUAGUCUUAGCUUUUCUUGCAUUGAAACAUGUUUGCCCAAACAUAAACAUCUGCACUUUUGCUAUCAAAAAUAAACGUACGCUGUCAUAUACAGUAAGUACUAGUACACAAUUAUUACAAAAAAGUAUGCAGUUGUUUUCUCUCUAAAUUGCUCCCAAAUGUAAGAUUGUUGUCUCAUAAUAGUAUAAUUAAUAGUGAAUAAUAGUGAAGUACCCCUUAGUUCUAUAAUUACUUAGAGUAUAAAUAUUUUGUUAAUUAUUCUCCUGGUUGGUACCCCUUUAUUCCCAAAACUUUACAUAUUGUGUCCCCUUAUACUUACAUGUAAGUACUUUAUAGGAAUAUUAUAAUUGCAGAAAGUUACACUGUAAACUCUUCUUAAUUACACAGUACUUUCGGGCUUUAAUCUAAAGCGUUACCUCAGUAUCACAUCGCAAGAGCAUGUCAAAAGUCUUAAAGAGUGUUUAAACUUUCAACAAAAAGUAAUAAUUUUGCAUGACUUUUACAAAUAGGGUGCGGCGUUAUUUUGUAGGCUAGCCCAGAAGUUAGCAUCACAUUGGUUCCCUUAACAAAAAAGCCAAUAGUAUUUUUAACACCGGCUUUUGGAUUAUUGCAGAAAAUAACUCCUGCUGCACUAUAAAUAUGACCUUUUUGCUGCUGUACCUUUAAUAUAUAUCUACAUAACUGUCUUCCCAUGUGACAUGAGCAGCAAGUUUCAGUGUUAUUUAUUUUCAUCUCUUUACCCAGCAGAUUUUGUUUUUAAAGUUG